AUGACAGUCAGCAGGCGGUUUCUCAUUCUGGGGACGUUAUGCCUGCUGUACGAUACAAUGGCGGCUCAAUCUCUUGAUUCUAUACUCACAGACGCGCUGAAAUGUGCUGUCGACUGCCUAACCGAGCUUCUGAGCCAGAAGGAAUAUGCGCAGAUGGGACAGGAGGCGAUGUGUAGUAGCAAGCCCUUUUCCAAAGCGAUGGGUGUUUGCUUGAUGACGAAGUGCUCCAUGAGACAGACUAUGGACUUCAUCAAAGAGUCGUCGGCUGCAUGCGGGAUCCCGCCGACCAACAAUACAAACGAGUAUCGAUUAAACAGUACUAUCGUCUUUGUAUUUGCACUCGUCUUCUUCGCCUUGAGGAUAGUAACUAAAUUUCGGCUUGGCCUAACAUGGGGGAUUGACGAUACGCUGACGACUCUAUCCGUUGCAGUUACGAUUCCGUAUUAUAUCGUGCUGCAGAUCAUGCUUGCAUUGGGACUUGGCCUUGACAUGUGGUUUAUAAGCGAUAGUCAGAUCAUACUGAUUUUUAAGUUGUUCAUCGUCAUCGAAGUUUUGUACUUGACCGCACUAGUCCUCGUCAAAGCAGCAAUCUUGUGCUUCUUCCUACGGAUCUUCCCUGACCACAAGUUCAGGAUUGUGGUCAAGUGUACCAUGGUCUUCAACGCUCUUAUCUGGGUAGGAUUUUUCAUCUUCGUCUUCUUCCAAACCCAGCCAUUUUCGCUGUUCUGGAAUGGGUGGCAGCAGAAGAAGGGCCAUCUUAUUCUGACGGGGUUCACUAAUUUCACUCUGCCGCUUGCGGGAAUGAAUCUGCUGCUGGAUAUCUGGAUGCUCAUUCUGCCCAUGACGCAGCUCUGGGGGAUGGGAUUGAAGCUCAGGAAGAAACUCGGUGUCAUUAGCAUGUUCAGUGUUGGGAUAUUUCUUACGAUUGUCGCUGCGAUUCGAGUUCGCGAACUUGUGGCUUUUCUACUCUCAGAGGAUUUAACAGUCGACCACGCACAAUCAGCCGUCAUCUGGUCAAACGUGGAGAUUUCCGUCGGCGUCAUGGUCGCUUGCAUGCCGCACAUUCGGCAUCUGGUGAGACAUAUAACAUCGCGAAUAAGAGCAAGGAAGGGUAUAGAGACAAAGCACAAGAACAGAAAAAUAUUCGUCGAUCGAUCGCUUGCGGCUAUUGAGGUGGGGGACUCGCAGGCCAUUGAACUGAAUGAUGAAGGUGGACUUUUGACGGCAAAUACCUGUACGACGGCUUCAUCGACGACAAAAGUUGGGACAACGUCGACGACAAAAGAUAGUAAAACAUAUGGGUCAGUCAGUUUUGCAAGCGAUGGAGAUACCCAAGUGUAA